AUGUUCAUCUUUAAAUGUGACUUUAAUACAUAUUUUUUAUGUUUUUCUAUAUUUUUGGUUUUAGUCAAAGCAGUCCUUAAGAAGAGGGAGUAUGGCCCAAAGUACACUCAGAAUAAUUUCAUCACUGGCGUCAGAGCAAUGAACGAGUUCUGCCUUAAAUCCAGUGAUCUGGAACAACUUCGAAAAAUCAGACAACGAAGUCCCCAUGAAGAUACUGAGUCCUUUACUGUAUACUUGAGAUCAGAUGUGGAAGCAAAAUCUUUGGAAGUUUGGGGGAGCCUUGAAGCUCUUGCCAGAGAGAAAAAACUGCGUAAGGAAGCAGAAAUAGAGUACAGAGAAAGGCUAUUUAGAAACCAAAAAAUAUUAAGAGAAUAUAGAGACUUCCUGGGAAAUACCAAGCCCCGCUCCAGAAUGACAUCAGUUUUUUUUAAGGGGCCAGGAAAAGUGGUGAUGGUUGCCAUUUGCAUCAAUGGAUUAAAUUGCUUCUUUAAAUUUCUUGCUUGGAUUUAUACGGGUUCAGCAAGUAUGUUCUCCGAAGCUAUACACUCUUUAUCUGAUACUUGUAAUCAGGGUUUACUAGCAUUGGGCAUCAGUAAGUCUGUUCAAACACCAGAUCCUACUCAUCCGUAUGGAUUUUCAAAUAUGCGCUACAUUGCUUCACUAAUUAGUGGUGUUGGUAUUUUCAUGAUGGGUGCAGGAUUAUCUUGGUACCAUGGAGUCAUGGGAUUGCUUAACCCUCAACCAAUGGAAUCCCUUCUCUGGGCAUAUUGUAUUUUAGCAGGAUCAUUGGUAUCUGAAGGAGCAACACUUCUUGUUGCUGUCAAUGAACUUCGUAGGAGUGCUCACGCCAAAGGAAUGUCAUUUUACAAGUAUGUAAUGGAAAGUCGUGAUCCGAGUACAAAUGUUAUAUUGUUGGAGGAUACUGCAGCAGUCUUGGGAGUGACAAUAGCAGCCACUUGUAUGGGGCUUACGUCUAUAACAGGCAAUCCACUGUAUGACAGCCUAGGUUCUUUGGGUGUGGGCACCUUAUUAGGUGUGGUCUCAGCAUUCCUCAUCUACACUAACACAGAAGCACUCUUAGGGCGAUCGAUCCAGCCAGAACAAGUACAACGACUUACAGAACUCCUGGAGAACGACCCAUCAGUAAGGGCAAUUCAUGAUGUUAAAGCCACAGAUUUGGGAUUAGGUAAAGUAAGAUUUAAGGCAGAAGUAGAUUUUGAUGGACGAGUUGUUACAAGAUCAUAUUUGGAAAAACAAGAUUUUGACCAAAUGCUACAAGAAAUUCAAGAAGUGAAAACUCCUGAAGAACUAGAGACCUUUAUGCUUAAACACGGAGAAAAUAUUAUUGAUACUUUAGGAGCUGAAGUCGAUAGACUUGAGAAGGAACUGAAAAAACGAAAUCCUGAAGUUCGACAUGUAGAUUUGGAGAUAUUAUAGAUUUGAUGGAAUGAAUCACCUUGGAGUGAGCUUUGGAAACAAGUUUGUCAAGACUGCUCUCCCACACUGAAGGAGUCAGCGCCAUUCAGCAGCCAUUUUUUGUUUUUAAGAUGAAGGAAAUAUUUUAUGUAAAGGGCAAUUCAGCAGUCCACAGAACUAAAACUACUUCUUACUUCUAAGAGACAUACUACAAGUUGAAUCAAUUUGGAAAUCAUGUUUUUGUUUUAGUAGGGACCACUUUUGUUACUUAAAUUGAUCUAAUUUCUCAUUUUAGCCUGUAUUGGGUAUAAUGUACCUUGCAAUCAUGUUUCCUUUCUUCACUUUGGUAAAAAUAAGCAACAUCCAUAGGAUUAUGAUUUUUAAUUUUGUUUCCACUGAAGAUUUCACUCCAUCAAAACCUGCCAAUCUUGAAUAUGCUGGCUAAAUCUUGGUUUCUGGUUUUUAAAUAGUCACUCCAUUUUAAAGUCUGUCUUUCCUUAUAGAAUGUGGCAAGUAUUUCAACAUACCAUGUAAUUUUUCCCUGAGCACAAGGAGGAAUACUUUCUUAACCUAGUUAUCCAUAAACAUUCAUUCCAGUAGUGGCUUAGUUACUGAACUGAAGGAAGGCAUGUCAGUACACUUAGGUCAUCGUAGUUGCUGUUUUCUAAAAUUUCUUAAUUCACCCUUUACUUUUUUCCUUAUCUGGUUUAAUUUUUCUAAUGGUAAAAUAACCCUAGUUGUUUCCAUGGGCCAGUGUAAUAACUGGUUUUUUGUUUUUGUUUUUUAACUGGCUUCAGUGCCAUAAUGUGUAUUUACUAGGAAAUGAUGCAUUUCUAAGUACUUUGACAUUCUGUAAAGUGGACUAGAAAUAUUUAUAAUUUUAUAGACAGGACAGCAUUUUAUGUUUAAUUUAUUUUUAAAGAGGCACUGCUUAUGUAAACCUGAACUGUGGGAUAUUUCUUACUUUAAGAGAAAGAGAAGUAAAUCUCUUAGGCAGAAACUUGUGCCCAUGAUUUUGUAUAAUAUCAUAAAAAGUGUGUCUGUAACAUGAGUUUCUUGCAGUUACAAAUGGGCAUUUAGUAUAAUAUAUGACUAUAACUGUAUGUAAGUAGCUUUCUAAUGAUCAUAAGGUAUCAAGAUGAAAAAACAUGUAAUUCAGUAAUUGAAAGUUUAGUGCAAAACAAUAGCUCUGUCUCCAUUCAUCAAAACAGCUCAGAUGCACUUUAAAUUGUUCAGGUAGCAGUGAGCAUUGUCCAUGGCUAGGUGAUCUCUUUGCUGGAUAAGUGAGUGCUUGACAUAAGAACCUAACUAUCUGUGUGAGGUCAGUGUCUAAAAACUUACUUAGAUUUAAGUUUAUGAAUUAAAGCAAAUUGUAGUGCUGCAAACAAAAAAUAAACAUUUGAUUAAAGGGGUUGUAAUGGU